GCAUGUUCACAUUUGGUAUAGAACAAAAGGUUUUAUUCAACGUAUUUUCGUGGGAGGCUAUUGCACUUUACUCCAUGCAGUUUACACACACAGUAGGAUGAAGACUUUCAUCAAACGGCGAAUGUUGCCGCUGCGCGCGGGUGACUUCGUCGAUUUAACGAUAAGCGACCCCCUCCAGCGCUCUAGUGCACCCUCGGCUUCAGCGUGGUAGCUGGGAAGGCGAUAAGUGUGACUGUGCGUGCGUACAUCGUGUGAGUGGAGAUCUAAGGUUUUUAAUAAACGGGCGACCUGCUCAGCCCUACGGGUGAGGGAGGGUAACUGUUUUGUAUCUUGCUAGACCGAGGGGCAGUGGGAGGAGGGACGGAUAAUGAGCUAUUCUUGUACCAGCACAGGCAAUAGCCAGGACCCAUCGAGCUCUAAGUCCGGCGGCGUUAAUCCCGACAGUUGCAAUAGCAGUAACAGCAGCAGCAGAAGCAGCGGAGACAUCGAUCACAGUACCAACAGCCACAGCAUCCGCGGCGGAAAGCCGAACUCGAACCCCAAUUCAGCAGAGGCCAUGAAAGUCAAGAAGGGCUGCAACACGACCGACGUGGGGGUACCCGUUACCACAGAGGAGGAAUUGCUUGCCAACACGAUAAUUACGCCAGAGGAUGUAUUAGGAUUACAGAAGAUCACCGAAAACUACUUGUGUGGCCCAGAAGACAAUGUAUACAACAUCGACUUCACACGUUUUAAGAUCAGAGACAUGGAAACAGGAACAGUGCUCUUUGAGAUCACAAAGCCUCCAGCAACUGACAAAGGUGGAGAGAAAAGAGACAUCGACCCCAAUGCCGGACGCUUCGUACGAUAUCAGUUCACGCCAGCAUUUCUGCGGCUGCGUCAGGUUGGAGCCACUGUCGAAUUCACUGUGGGCGACAUCCCCAUCAACAACUUCCGCAUGAUCGAAAGGCACUACUUUCGCGAUCAGCUGCUGAAGAGCUUCGACUUUGAGUUCGGAUUCUGCAUCCCCAGCAGCAAGAACACAUGCGAGCACAUCUAUGAGUUCCCCCCACUCUCCGAAGAGAUCAUGCGCGAGAUGAUCCUGCACCCCUAUGAGACACAGUCAGACAGCUUCUACUUUGUGGACAACAAGCUGGUCAUGCACAACAAAGCAGAUUACUCCUACAGCGGAGGGCCCUAGGGAGGCCAUACAAGCUGAUCCAGGAGGAUGGUCUGAUUGGCUGAACUAAGGCCUUCCCACAUUUUUUUUUGUGUGCACCAAUCAUGCUUUCCCUGAAUCUGUCACUGACAAUCUGCCUGCCACACAUUAAUGCCUGUCUGUGUGAGAACCAGUCAGUGAUUCAAGCAUUAUGAUUUCUCACACACAUACAUAUCAUAAAUAUGUUUGACACUGCCAUUAUUUACUACACACCAGCAGGAAUGGCCACUUGAGCAUUUAUUAGUUACUCAACAUUAGGGAAUAUUUUGAGGGAGAAGUGGAGUUAAUUUCAUGUAUUGCUUUGUAUGCAUGAGAAUGGCCAAGGGGAUGAUUUCUAGGUGAUGUUUAGGGCUGUAAGCAUGACUGCUCCACUGUGUGUGUGACUGGGUAGAGAUUAAUUCCAAGAUCCUGCUGAUUGGAGGUGUGUGUAUGUGUUUGUGUGUGUGCGUAGGGCACUGGUAGACCCAGGCUGAGAAAUAUUUGAUUUACUUUAUCCUGCAGAUAUUUAAAUAUAGAAAUACAAACAUUUACUUAAUUCUUUCCAUUUACCAGUUUUCAUACCUGUAAAUGUUAGUCUUCAUGUAUUGAUUUUUUUAUUAUGAGAUUGAUAGAAUAGUUGAUACAGUGAGCUUAUAUUUGUGAUACAUUACACACAUUUUGAUAUGGAAUAAAUAACUUGUCACUUCGGCAUAUUAUGUGAAAAUAUUUAAUUAACCCACAAAAACAGAGCACAUUAUCCAAGACCAAAAUAUACUGUAAUAUACCAACAAUUUAGAUCAACAUUUAUUGUUACUGUAAUAACUUGAUCGCAAAAGAUAACCUUCCUAUAUGUCUGUGUGAGGUUCUUGUUCAUGUCUACAUUGUAUGUUCAUUCAGGCAUGAAGCAAAGAACGAAACGGGUUCUGUAAAUAGACAUAAUACAGGUGAACCAAAAACGGUCUUACAGGACAGAAGAAGGAGUGCAAUGUGCGUCAUGGCCUUUGACAUAAGUUCUUGUCUGUUUUUUGUGGGCUCUUUUGUACUUUUCAAAAAGCAGAAAAAAACUGCUUUUAUGUUUUGUUCUGUGUUCUUAAAAAAAAAAAAGGUCUGCAGACAUAUCUACGAGAGCUCGGGCCCUGUUUUUUUGGGUGCGUAAAUACUGUCGCUACGUAUUGGUUGCAGCGCCACGAGACCUUGUGCAUUUGCGUAACUUGCACCACAUGCGUUUCGAUAGAGUUCGGCCUUGCCUGCCUUGUUCCUAGAGUUCUGCAUAGGAGGGCGGUGCAAAAAGGUGGGCGGUCCAUGCACCUGAGGCAGAGCAUGUCGAGGUGUCGCUGUUUUCAUGAGGGUUCAAGAAGCUGCACAAAGACAUGGAAUUAAAAUAUGACUAUCUGUUUUACUGCUAAAUAAGUGCAGUCUACUAUGCUAAUCAAGGCACUAUAUGUUGGGUGGAAGCAAAAUCCUUGCUGAAAAUCCAGAUUUCAAGAGGUCAUGGAAUAAUGUUCUUUGCGAACAUAGUUUUAAAAUUGUGGCAGUAAAUGGACGUGACUACUAACAGUUACAAAACUAUCCUUUGCGAUAAUUGUGGCAGUAAAUGGACGUGACUACUAACAGUUACAAAACUAUCCUUUGCAAUAUAGCUUAACAAUUUUGUUUAAUUAGAAGGUUAGAUGUAAUCAGUCUUAACUGACCCGACCUUUACGAGAUGCGCACACUAUAUUUUGACUGUUAACUACAAGCGAACGGUCUGCCUGUCUCUGUUACUAUAGUUCACAGAAGGCCGAAAUACACGAUCGCGGUCAUAAAUAUUUUCUAAAUAUAUCUGGCUUGCACCUUGGAUACAAGUACAACAUCUGUUCUGUAGUAAAAUGUGUGUUAUGUUUUCUAGAUUGCACAUAGGACAGAGAUUUGAAAGGAACUGGCUGAGACGAUCUAAGAGAAUCACAAUACCGUUCUGAUUAAAUUUCACUUAAACCAACCCUAACCCGCACAGUGCUAUUAUUGCGCCAGCAUGAAAAUAGCACACCUCUUAUAUAUAUACAACACCGUGACUUCGCAAGGAGUAGUAGCACUAAGACGCUGUGCUUUGUGUCAUUGUGUUCCUCCCAGCCUUUGCAUCGAGCAUUCCUUCUCAAAUGUUCCAGUGAGUUACGUCCUUAUGGGUGUUAGAGUAUAUAGCUGAGAGUAGAUUUAAUAUUCUAUCCACAACUGUGUUGUAUAUAUGAUCUGUUUAUUUGUAGUGCAAAAAGGUGCAUUUAGGAAACUAAUUUAAUAAACCCUGUUUGUUUUUAUUUCGAGUUGAAUGGAUGCUCUCAAACACUUGUCUAGAAUCAUAACAGUCAAGGUGGAUGAACUACAAUAAUGUUUCUAGUAAGAACAUGUAACAGCUCUUUAUUUAUUGUGAGUUACUGUACAUGACUUUGAGGGGGGAAAACCCUGAAAAAACUGUAAAGUUUUGGACACUUCAAAUGCCAGUCUGGAAUACAAGAAAUAAAUGUAUAUGUGAAUUUUGA